AGAAGGCGUCGGGCUGCUAGUCUGGCCAGACGCUCGGGAGGAGCUGAGAGAGAGAGGGUCGGAGACGUCCACGCUGGGCUGGUGGCGCCGCCGCGCGCCGGGCUGUGUGUGGGCGCCCUAGACAGCUGCGGCUCCGGGCAGCGGAGCGCUGGGCGCUGUGCAGAGGUGCGGUGAGCUCUCCCUUCUUGAUCAUCUAUCCUUCUAAGACACGACUGGCAAGAGGAAGAGGGAUUGAGUCUGAACAGUAGGUGACUGAGUCCAGGUACCUGCAUUUCAAAUUUGUUCCUGUGGAUGCCUGCUUGAUCUGAAGUUCUAGAAAGGAUCCUGUUCUCAGGCAGGUCCCUGGGUACUGACUGUCACAGGCUGCUGCAUCUUUCCUGUUGACUCAUGUUUGGUUCCUCCAGUGAGAGUUUUACUUAGAGAAAUGCUGCCUCCAAAGCACUUGUCUACCACCAAACCUAAGAAGUUCUGGGCCCCAAAUCUGUAUGAGCUAGACAGUGACUUGACUAAGGAGCCGGAUGUCAUCAUAGGAGAAGGCCCAACUGACUCUGAAUUCUUUCAUCAGAGGUUUCGGAACUUCCUCUAUGUAGAAUUUGUUGGGCCUCGGAAGACCCUGAACAAACUCCGAAACCUCUGCCUCGAUUGGUUGCAGCCGGAGACUCGCACCAAGGAGGAGAUCAUCGAGCUUUUGGUCCUUGAGCAGUACCUGACCAUCAUCCCUGAAAAGCUCAAGCCUUGGGUGCGAGCAAAAAAGCCAGAAAACUGUGAGAAGCUCGUCACUUUGCUGGAGAAUUACAAGGAGAUGUACCAGCCAGAAGACGACACCAACAGUGACGUGGCCAGUGAUGAUGACAUGAGUCGAAACGGAGGAGAAUCCCCCCCACCACGCUCCAUCUAUUCUUUCAGUAGUGACCGGGACUGGGACCGGAGGGGAAGAAGCAGAGAUGCGGAGUCUCGAGACUGCUGGAAGUAUGCCAGGAGCCCGCGAAGCAGGCUGCUUCAGCGUGAUCUUUCCCUUCCUGUGAUGGCAAAAACAAGUUUUGAAAUGGAAAGAGAUAAUGACAGGGACUCGAUGGAUUAUGAGUCCCGAUCACAGGAUACUGAAUCAUACCAGAAUGUUGUGGACCUCACUGAGGACAGGAGACCUCAGAACCCUAUCCAGGACAACAUGGAGAACUACAGGAAACUGCUUUCCCUGGGGGUACAGCUUGCUGAAGAUGAUGGUCACUCCCACAUGACCCAAGGCCACUCAUCAAGAUCCAAGAGAAGUGCCUACCCAAGUACAAGUCGAGGUUUGAAAACUAUGCCUGAAGCCAAAAAGUCAACCCACCGGCGGGGAAUUUGUGAAGAUGAAUCUUCCCAUGGGGUGAUAAUGGAAAAAUUCAUCAAGGAUGUGUCACGCAGCUCCAAAUCAGGACGAGCAAGGGAGUCGAAUGAUCGGUUGCAGAGGUUCUCCAGAAUGUCAGAUGAUAACUGGAAGGACAUUUCGGUCAACAAGAGGGAAUCAGUGAUCCAGGAGAGAAGCUGUGAUGGGAAUGCAUUUAGGGGAGGUUUUAGGUUUAAUUCAAAUCUUGUUUCCAGAAAGAGAGUUCUUGAAAGAAAAAGACGCUAUCAUUUUGACACAGAUGGGAAAGGCUUGAGUCAUGAUCCUAAAGGCUGUGCUAGGAAGAAGCCCUUUGAAUGUAGCAGCGAGAUGAGGAAAGCCAUGAGUAUGAGCAACCUAAGCAGCCUUGGCACCCCCUCCUUUACUGAGUCCCAUCCAGUUGAUUUUGGGACAAUGCCGUACGUGUGUGAUGAGUGUGGACGGUCUUUCAGUGUCAUCUCAGAAUUUGUUGAACAUCAGAUCAUGCAUACUAGAGAGAACCUCUAUGAAUAUGGUGAGUCUUUUAUUCACAGCGUGGCUGUCAGUGAGGUUCAGAAAAGUCAGGCUCGGGGGAAACGUUUUGAGUGUAAGGAGUGUGGGGAAACCUUCAAUAAGAGUGCUGCCCUGGUUGAGCAUCGGAAAAUUCAUUCUAGAGAGUAUCUUGCAGGUUGUAAAGAUCAGGAGUAUGAGGAAACCUUCAUGCCUAGUCCGACCUUCAGUGAGCUUCAGAAGAUAUAUGGCAAAGACAAGUUCUAUGAGUGCAGGGUGUGUAAGGAAACCUUUCUUCAUAGUUCUGCCCUGAUUGAGCACCAGAAAACCCAUGAUAGAGGGAACUUCGGUGAUGAGACAGAUAAUGAGCAUGAGCGUGAACGAGACCGUGGAGAAGCCUUUAUGCCCAGCUCAACCCUUAAUGAGCUUCAUAAAAUGUAUGGUAAAGAGAAACUCUAUGAAUGUAAGGUGUGUGGGGAGAACUUCCUUCAUAGCUCAUCUCUGCGAGAACAUCAGAAGAUCCAUACUAGAGGAAACCCAUUUGAAAAUAAGGGUAAAGUGUGUGAGGAAACUUUUAUUCCUGGUCAGUCCCUAAAGAGGCAUCAGAAAACUUAUGCUAAGGAGAAGCUCUAUGACUUUAAAGAUAGUAGGGAUGCCUUUGUGCAAAGCUCAGACCUCAGUGAACAUCAGAAAAUACAUUCUCGUAAGAAUUUCUUUGAAGGUAGAGGGUAUGAGAAAUCUGUCAUUCAUAGCGUGCCUUUCACUGAAUCUCAGAAAAGUCAUACUAUAACAAGACCACCUGAAAACAAGGCAUUCACCAUCAGCUCUAAUCCUGAUGAAUACCGGAAAUUACCCACUAAAGAAAAUGUCUAUGAGGGAAAACCAUAUGAAAUGUCUGUUAUUCAUAGCUUAGCCUCUUCUGAAGCUCAGAAAAUUCAUGAUGCAGUAGGGCCCAGUAAACUGAAAGUGGUGGCAGAGUCUACAUUUCAAAGCUCUGAUGUUAUCAACCAUCAGAAAAUCCUUGCUGGAGGCAAUACCUGUGAAGGAAAGGAGUACAAAAGGUCUGUUAUCCAUAGUCUAACCACUCUCAAACCUUGGAAAAGUCACAGUGAAAAUGAACUUGUUGAAUGUAAUGAGAAGGGAGAAUCCUCCACGUACAUCUCAUAUCUUAAUGGAAAGCAACAGAUUCCUGCCAGAGAGAGCCCAUAUGAAAGGGGUAAGAAGAACAACUACAAGGACUCUGUUAUACAGAGUGUAUCCCAUAUCGAAUCUCAAAAAAGUCUUACUGGAGAGGGAUCCAGUGAAUUUAAACAGGAUGGAGAAUUCUCUGUUCCCAGUUCAAAUGUCCGAGGACCCCAGAAAGCUCGUGCUAAGAAGAAAUACAUUGAGCAUAGGGACAAUGAGACCUCUGUAAUUCACUCCCUACCCUUUAGUAAGUCACCAGUAGUUCACCCUAGAGAGAAACUCUAUGAAUGUCAGCAGUGUGGGCAAUCCUUUGCUCUUAGCUCCAACCUCACUGAGCAUCAGAAGAUUCAUGAGAGAGAGAAGCCCUCUGGAAGUAGAAACUAUGAACAAUCUGUCAUUCGCAGCUUGGCCGGUACUGACCCUCAGACAAGUUAUACCCAGGAACAAUAUGCUGAAGAGCAAGUACGCAACAAAUGUAAAGAGAUGGGGCAAUGUUUUGCUACAAGCAAAGACCUUUGUGUGCAUCAGAAAAUCUAUACUCAAGAGAAGAGCCAUGAAGAGGUCCCUACUAAAGAGGUCCAUACUGAUGAGGCCCAUGACAAGGAGGCUUAUGGUGAGGAGGUCCAUUGUGAUGAAGCCUGUGGCAAGGAGAUCUAUAGUGAGGGGGCUUAUGGUGAGGAGGUUUGUGAUGAGGAGGUCCAUAGUGAGGAGUCCCAUGGUGAGGUUAAUGGUCAGGAUAAAAUUGAAGAUUCUGUUAUUCAGGGCUCAGACUUGGAUGAAUCUCAGAAAGAUGACCCCGAUGACACAAUCUAUGAAUGUCAAGACUGUGGGCUAGGCUUUGUGGAUCUCACAGACCUCACAGAUCAUCAGAAAGUCCAUAGCAGAAAGUGCCUCGUUGAUAGCCGUGAAUACACACAUUCUGUAAUUCAUACCCAUUCUAUCAGUGAGUAUCAGAGAGAUUACACUGGAGAGCAGCUCUAUGAAUGCCCAAAGUGUGGGGAAUCUUUUAUUCAUAGUUCAUUUCUUUUUGAGCAUCAGAGAAUCCAUGAACAAGACCAGUUAUAUUCCAUGAAGGGGUGCGAUGAUGGCUUUAUUGCUCUCUUGCCCAUGAAGCCACGGAGAAAUCGUGCUGCAGAAAGGAAUCCUGCUCUUGCUGGGUCGGCCAUUCGAUGCCUUGUCUGUGGACAAGGUUUCAUUCAUAGCUCUGCUCUUAAUGAGCAUAUGAGACUUCACAGGGAAGAUGAUUUACUGGAACAAAGCCAGAUGGCUGAGGAAAUUUUCAUUCCAGGCUUAGCUCUCACCGAGUUUCAAAGAAGUCAAACAGAAGAGAGUCUCUUUGAAUGUACAAUCUGUGGAGAGUCUUUCGUCAAUCCAUCAGAACUUGGGGAUCACAUAAGUGUUCACAAGAAUGAGCCCUAUGAUUAUGGGGCCUCCUAUACUCAUACUUCAUUUCUUACUGAGCCCCUCAAAGGAGCUAUACCGUUCUAUGAAUGCAAGGAUUGUGGGAAGUCCUUUAUUCAUAGCACAGUCCUCACUAAACAUAAAGAGUUUCAUCCUGAAGAAGAUGAUGAUGAAGAAGAAGAAGCAACAGCCCAAGAAGUUGAGGUUAAUGUCCUUGUUCCACGAGAAGUUCUGCGGAUUCAGGGGUCAAACGUAGAGGCUGCUGAGCAAGAGGUGGAAGCUGCUGAGCCAGAAGUGGAGGCUGCUGAGCCAGAGGUGGAGGCUGCUGAGCCAAACGGAGAGGCUGAAGGGCCAGAUGGAGAGGCUGCUGAGCCAAAUGGAGAGGCCGAACAGCCAAAUGGAGAGGCUGAACAGCCGAAUGGGGAUGCUGAUGAACCGGAUGGUGCAGGGAUUGAAGACCCAGAAGAGAGAGCUGAAGAACCAGAAGAAAAAGCUGAAGAGCCAGAGGGAGAUGCUGAUGAGCCUGAUGGUGCAGGGAUUGAGGACCCUGAAGAAGAAGGUGAAGAUCAAGAGAUUCAGGUUGGAGAAUCAUAUUAUGACUGCCAUGAAUGCUCAGAAACUUUUGCUUCUAGUGUAGCAUUUGGUGAGCACCUGAAGACCCAUGCCAGCAUGAUCAUAUUUGAGCCUCCAAAUGCCUUUGGGGAGUGCUCGGGUUACAUUGAACGUGCCAGCACCAGUGCAGGUGGCAAUGAUCAGGCCGAUGAAAAGUACUUCAGAUGUGAUGUCUGUGGGCAGCUCUUUAAUGACCGCCUGUCCCUCGCUAGGCAUCAGAACACCCAUACUGGUUGAGAGCAGAAGGGUAACAGUUAGGAAACCUUCACCUAGAACUCAGUCCUUACCAAACCACAGAGAACUCAAACCAACCUGUAAUAAUGUCGAUAAGAAAUUUACCUUAGCUUGUAUACACCCGACUUAACCUCAGAAAACUCAGACUAAAUAGUCUGAAUCUGGACACUCCUCAGGCUUAGCUCUGUCACAUCAGAUACUAGUAUUUGGAUGUGGGAAGGCCAAAGCAAGUACUUUAACUCUCAUCCCAGUAACCAGAUCGAGGAAGAAAACCUGGGAGUAUUUGAGAUGCAAAGAUUACCCCAUUCAACUGUAGAUGACUUAUAUAUAGUGUUUCCUGAGGUGUACAUAAAACAGAUCAUAGCAAAAUAGUGAUCACAUGUAUUUGGAUUUAAUAUGAUACACAGUUACACUUUACAUUGCAGAGGCACCUUACCUGGUACUCUGAUUUUUUCUUUUUUUAACUUUUUUGGAGGAGGGAGUGAGCAACAAAUUAGAAUAUAUUUGUAAAUGUCUUAGAUCCUAAGAAAGAUUUAUUUGAACCCUGUCAGUAUCUUUUUGAGUGUUUGAAUGUGUUUUCUUGCUUACUCUUAAAUAGUCUUGUGAAGGUGCAGACAUGAAAACAUGUCUUUUAUCUUGCUGUUUGAAAAGAGAAGGACUUUUGACUUCCUUCUGCAGCCAUUUCAUCUGCACCAACACACUUCAGAACGUACUAUUGUGUAAGCCUUUACAAUAUGCAGAUUGGCCUUCUGUGACCCACGUUGAUUGGUUGCCACAUCGUAUGUACCUUGCAGUGGUUCUCAUGCAAAACUAUUACUAGUUUGGAUUUCUUUUGUUGUUGUUUUUCUCUUAACUAACUCAAUGUGUCUUUGAUAGUGAAUUCAUAAAACCUGAAGUGUUUCCUGUUAAAUCUUACAUCUUUGCCUUUAAAGAAUGGGUUGCAACCAUUACUAGAUCAUGGUAGUGCCUAGUGAAGGUUGAGAACCAUAGGAGAGGCUCUCAUGGUGUAUAUAAGGAUGCAAGCUAAGGACCUUUCAUCAAUUUGUGUGCUUCCUGCCUUAAGUAACAAGUAGUAAUGUGGCUUGAGUUACCUACACAGCAUUAGUAUGUGCUGCCACAAGUCAGUGUGAACCACGUGUACCCAGGAAUUAAUAUCCUUAGACGUUUCUACUGCUAAACCUAAUUCUCUUCUUUAUCUGUCUAAAGAAGACCCCAUGUAAAACUUGCAUUUUUUUUUUAAGGCAAAAUAAAAAGCUUUCUUUACAGUUAACUCAAGCUUAACAUGGACUCAGGUUCCCCAGCAGCCUUAA